AUGGCAGAAUGCAUUAUGGAAAGCCAACUUACUGAUGCUAAGGAAUAUGAAAAUUGUCUCCCUUAUAGCAAGAUUGACAGAGCUGCACUUUCAUGAUGGAAGGAAUGGAUGGACUCCUGACAUGAUUAAAUGGCACCAGAAAUUGGCAUGGCGGUUAAAUAGAUUAGUGGAAGAAGUACAAGGGUUGGCAUUGUGUACCAUCUCGAUGCACAACUUACUUCAUAUUCAUGAAGACAUCAUAAAUUUCUCAGCCUCGGAUAAUGUUUGGUGUGCAGUGUAUGAAAGAGCUGUUGAGGAGUAUGUAAAGAAGUCUCACAAUGGAAAAAACAUCGAAGCUACAUUUGCCCAUGUAGAGUCAAUAAGAGAGUACUCAAAAUCAGUGGAGGAAAAAGAACAAACUAGCCUUGGAAAGCAUGAUGUUUUACUGGUGAGUUUGAAACUCUUGACAAAUUCUCAUAGCCCAUAAAUUUUUGUGAAUAAAAUAACAUUAUAAACCUCUGAAUUUCCCCUUCCCUUGUUCUAUAUUAUCAUUUUUAUUAUUAUUAUUAUUAUUAUUAUUAUUAUUAUUAUUAUUAUUAUUAUUAUUUUUAUAGUGCAGAUAUAAUUUGCUGUUCAAGAGUGUAACAAGUUCUUGAUAUCCAAUGUGUCUUUUUCGUGUUUCUUCAUGUAGGGGAUAGCUUGCUCAAGGGAAACAGCCAAGGCACUGUGUGAAAUAGAGCCUCCUGCAAGGGAUGCUUUUCUCAUCGGUUCAGUGUCAAACAUUAAGCCUCUUACUAUGGGUGACCAAGACAAGAUAGCUGAACUGUUGUGUGUACCUAGUUGGAAAGUUCCAGAGGCCACAUUUGUUUCAAAGAGAUGUUUUAAACCAGACAUAGGUUUUAAUGGCACUUUUUUCACUUUUGGUGACAAUGUCAUAGUGUCCUCAAAUGGACAAGAACAUAUAGUCCAGCUGCAAGGAUUUUUUUCUGUCAACACUGAUGGUAACUUGAACAGUUUAUUAGGUCAUGGAUUUUUUUAUCCAUUGCAUCUUACAGAGACUGGUGUAGCCGACACCCACUAUUGGAGUGGCUUUGUUAAGGUUGAGAGCCAGCCAAAUUCAAGGUCCGUAGUGUUUAAAGUUGCCAAAAUUUCUCGGAAAGUUGUUCUGUACCCAUACAAUGACAAUUUACUCACAGUGGUAGAUUACAUGCGUCAUCAUGAAAAUUGUCCUUGUGAAUUAAUCGUACCUGUUUAUCCCGAAAGAGGGGACAUGAUUCUUGUUCCGGGUGAGUGCAGUGGAGACAUUUGGCAUGGUCAUGUACAAAGUGUAGAUUUUGUCAACAGAACGGUAGAUGUCUUCUUUUUCAUUCCAAGUGGGAGACUUACUCAUUACAAUACAUAUGUGAGGGAAUCACAUGACAGGUCAGCAAGGAAUGUUGUGGCUUGGGAUUCAAUUAUUGGAACUGCCGAAGGACACUGGAGUAAUACUUCAACAUGGGUGAAGGCAACUUAA